CGGGGGCUCGAAGGGAAGUCGUGAGGGAGACAUGACACCGACACCCAGCGGAACCACGCAGGCCGCACCAUGCGAGCCCCACUGGUGAGCGAUGGGCACCACGACGUCGGAUUCAUGGUGACCACCGCAGCGAGUGCUUGCACAAGAAGCUUCUCGACCACAACUUGGCCGCAGAGGGUUCGCGGGGAAACAUGGCCGAAGGAGGGCCCGCCAGGUCCAUUGAGCAGGAGGACCGGACUCGACCCCACGUCCUGUCAGGAUCAGGCUUCUGCAAAUGGUUCAACGUCCGCAUGGGCUUUGGAUUUAUCUCCAUGACCAGCAGCGAGGGGACCCCAGUAGACCCCCCUCUGGACGUUUUUGUGCACCAAAGCAAGCUGGUGAUGGAGGGCUUCCGAAGCUUAAAGGAGGGUGUGCAGGUGGAGUUUACCUACAAGAAGUCCUCCAAAGGCCUUGAGUCCCUACGGGUGACUGGACCGGGUGGGGGACCCUGCGCAGGCAGUGAGAAGAGACCAAAAGGGAAGGUCCCGCUCCAGAAACGCAAACCAAAGGGAGACCGCUGUUAUAACUGUGGAGGUCUGGACCACCAUGCUAAGGAGUGUGGCCUGCCCCCCCAGCCAAAGAAAUGCCACUACUGCCAGAGCAUCACGCACAUGGUGGCUCAGUGUCCACACAAGGCGCUAACGCCUUCCACGGGCUCUCAGGACCAAUACGCGUCUACCUCGGCCUCCAGCCCGGGGUCGUCGGCCUACCUCUACCCCCCAGAGGAGGAGGAACGCUACGGCACAUCUCCACUGGGAGGCUCAUCCUCAUCUCCUGAAGAGCCCCAAAGUCACCACCGGACUCGGAGGUGGAGGAAAUCCUAAAGCAACCCCUUCUCCUUGCUUCAUCUACCUCACACCUGUGACACAAUGGGAGGUCUGAAUUUCUUUUUUUUUUUAAUUGUCUAACCAUUGCAACUAUGGCAACCAACAGAGCGGUACCCACAUGUGUGUGCCUGCCUUGCAGACAGGUGGUGGCGCCACAGCAACCAUCACAGGGAUGGAGACUGCAAGGGAUGAUCUUGUAUUCAAUCAGUGCAGCUCAGGAGGCAAACAUGCAUCAAUCAUGCCUUGAUUUGCUUUUCCAUCACGUUGUUUUUAUUUUUUUAAGUACAUACUGUCUUCGCUAAUGUAAUCCCUCCCUAAUGAGUCUUUUUACAGCACAUUUUUAGUAAGGGUUGUGUAGGAGACGAUACUUAAAAGUCACAAUCCGUAAGUGAUAAUCCAGACCUCAACGACUGGAGAAACAUCUUCAGGGAAUCUUAAUGGAUUCCAGGGAAGAGUUUAGAGUGGAAAAAAGGGGGAUUAGCUGGCUAAUAAUGUUAUGUAAUAGCAUCCAAUACAAGAGUUCUGUCAAAAUUCUGCUUUGAACAGAUAAAAGUGCUUCUUAUUUUAGUUCUAAUCCCUACUUAAUUGCAAAGAAAAUUGCCUGUCUUUACAAAAUGUGUAGCUAGCAGGUGCAGCUUGCAUCCUUUAUCCUUUAUCAUCCUUCCUAUGCUGGUACUUUUGCAGUUUGUGUCAAAGUCUCUGCAUCACACACCAGAAAAAGGACAGGGACAUACGGCAGCAAGAGACAGAGUAUUGCAAAAACAGCAGAAAUACAGGAUUGCCUUUUUUAUUGUUAUAGUUUGCAGUGAAUGAAUGCAGUUUCUAAUCAUUUAAAGCAUCCAAAAUAUUAGGAACAGGUCUAAGUGUAAUUCAAGCUACAACUGCAAUCAUGAAUAAGCGUAUUAUCCUUGCAAAGGCAGCAUUUUUUUUUAAAUCCAGCUUUUGUCUUGGCUCUCGUUGAAUGUUGUGGCCAGCAUGCGUGAGUCCUUCCUCUUGCAGGAACGACAUCGGGCCGAGGGGCUUGUCGCUCUCAGCUUGUCUUGUGCGUGCUUCCACUUGAAAGGAAAAAAAAAAAAAACACUCUGCAUUUGCAUGCUUGCAAAGGUCAACACUAUUAACCCUUUCGUUAUUACCCAAGAUAGACACGCCUUAGAUUGGAUGCCAUAUUACUCGACUAGCUUAGAUUCAAGCGCGAUGAAUCCGUAGAAACCCAUUCUUGAAAAUCAUUAAUAUAUAUGUAAAGUCAGGAUUGUUUAAAUGAGAUUCUAUGACAUAUUUUGAAGGAGUUUGCUCUAACGUAGGUGAUAGCCAUGUGUAUACCAUGGGAUGUGUAUGUAAACAAAACCACUCGUUAAAGCAGGGGUGUCCAUUUUUUUUUCCCAGCGAGGGCUGCGUACAUAAAAAUGAAAAAAAAUGGGGGUCACUUCGAUACUUUUUGUUGAGUUGUCUUUUUGCUCGACGAAACAUGUGGGUUGCAAAAGCAAAUCAGUGCGAUACAACGGUACCUCCAUUUUUAUUACCAAAAUGUUUGAUGAAAACAAACGUCACGUAAAUCCAAUGAAUUCGACACACCCAUAAAUAUUAAUAUUAUACAGAAUAAUUUCACACGCAGAAAACAAUUUACAAAUAAAUGGUGCUUAUGGUUGAUGCAGACUUCAAAUUGAACAGUGUUUCUGACCUUUAUUAAAUUGUUAGCACUUUCGAUUUUCUUUGACCCCAUGGUGGGUUUUUUUGAGCAGUCACAUAAUAAAAAAUGCGUAAUGAUACAGUACAGGAGAAACAGACUCGCUUGUUAUGUGCAGUAUUGUAUGAAAACCGAGGCAAUACUUUCGAAAAAAAAAACAUUCUCGCGAAUACCGAGGUUUGACUCGGUCAUCCCUGUAUAUUUGUCACUAGGUGUCAGUAAUUUACGAGGUGAGACAAAGGCGACAACGGGCAUUUAUGGAUGGUUCCUCUUUGGGAACAUGCAAGACCACGAGUCUUAUUUAUGUCGUAAAUGGCUUAUUUACUCUUAUGUCGACUAUAUUGGGUAAUAUGAUUGUAAAGGUGACUAUAGGGGUGUUAGUUCAUGUCAAGGGCUCUAACAAUGUUAAAAACAGUAUUUAGAAGGUUUUUAGAAGGAAAAUAUUCCAUAUAUAAAUAAGGAAAUUCACUUAUCACGGUCCACAAAUGUCAUCCGGGCCGCAUUAUGGGCACCCCUGUUUUAGCUAGUCUAUUUUGGUCAUUUUUAUGAAGCCCCCCACCCCACCCCAAACUUCCACAGCACAUAACGUAGGUUUACUAAAGGUGAGGCACUGGACACUAUUAAAAUAGAGGUCACAAACUGUGCACUCUCUUACGCCUCCCCAGCUCCUCCCUGACCAUAUUGAAUGUGAAAAGAGGUACCUGAGGUCCACUCCGCCCCUAAUUUACAUGCUUUGGAGUUGCAUCGGAAUGUUUUGACAAAUCAAAUAACUUUGUAUCAUGCUAGCAUGGCAUUAAAAAAAAGUAAUAUCUUUUUAACACCGACUUAAAAAAAACCAUCAACAAUUUGGUAUACCGCUUUUACUAAGUGAUCCCAGCUUUAAUAGACAUUGUACUCCGAUUAAUCAACCAUGUCUAUUUGAAGAUAAGCACCAUACCUCUGUAUAUACACAGUAAUCCCUCGCUAUAUCACAGGUUUUUAAGGAAUAAUUCAUAAAUGGUCGCUGUUUCAUGGUUGACAAAGGCCUAUUACUAGUCAAAAAAGACAAGUUGUAGUAUUCUGUUUUGUCAAUAUGAAGUCAGUAAUGUUAUGAAACAUGACAUUAUUACUUUUCAUACUGCAUGUAGGCUAACAGCUAGCAGAGUCGAGUCAUGGCUUAAAUCGAGUGGGGGAAAAAUUAUUCUCUCAUUCCGUCCCCACUACUUUUGAGAACCAUUCCUAAAGUUAGAAUAAGGUUAAAGUUAGAAUAAGUAAUUUGGAGAGGCUAACUAGUUAGCUCGCUAGCUUGCCGUCAUCUGUUUUGUCCCUGCAGUUAUCCCGUAGCCUGAGCAAGGUGAUGUAAACAAAGAAUAAUGGGAGUGUUAAUUUCAUGUUUGCAGGGCUCUAAUAAUGUUUAAACCCGAAUUCAGGAAGUCACAAACACGGUUUCUAUGCUCUAACUGUGAAAACAUUCCAUUUAUUAACAUUGACUCAUCGCGGAAAUUCCUUUAACCUGGAACCAAUUAACCAAGAUAAAUGAGGGGUUACUGUGUAUACAUAUAUUAGGGCUGUCAAAACACGCAUGCGCAUUAUGUCAAGCAAACGCCUCACUAUAAGUGUAGCACCAGCGUCUCUUUUUAAAACUUUAUUCUGACCUGAACACAUCAACAGCAGAGCAUUUCCAACACUAUUGUUUGUGAUUUCCAACUCACAAACACGUCUCUAGUCCGCUAGUCAUUGGAACUACACUUCCUCAUUGACGCUACACUCCCGUAAGUUGCGUUCGGGGACACUCCGAACAUCACGUUUACAUGAGGUCUAAACAAAGAUACAAACAAAGGCAAACUUCAAUAUUAAAUAUAUUAUAUAAAGUCAAUAUUGUUAAUGCUCACUAACGCAACUCUUGCCAGAGUACAAUUUGUUGUGUUUAAGUAAGCUGGGAAAUCCCAGAAAUGACAUCUGCACUCAAAAUUUGAUGAUGUCUUUAAACACAACCACGUAAUAAUGCCGUUAAAGUGCGAUUUAAAUGCUCUGCUAAUAUGUCAACAGAGUAGUGUUUUUAAAUGAUGAAUUUAUUUGAAAACUGAUUAAAAUUUGACAGCCCUAUUAUAUAUAAGAAACGUGUGUUACCUAUGCUGUGAAUGUGCCUUUCGAUGUGACAUCUGUAAAGCUGGGAGUGUGUUUUUCGGGUCACUAUUGGAGGAAAUGCGGUAUUUCUCUACCAAAGAGUUUGUCUUUAUUUUACCUCAAAGUUAUGAUUUGUCAAGGGCUCACUAUCCUUGCUCUUUCAGAAUAAGAGGGAUCUAUUGUUUUAUUUUGGAAUGUAUGCGUCAGGAAGUGAAUCUCAACAAUGCAGAGUACCAAACCACACACAAACCUUUUUGUAUGAUGUAUUUUUUUUUUGUUUGUUUGACAUUUGGACACAGCGUUCCUCUCUCAGGAUGAUGAAAUGUUCUCAGGGAAUUUACCACAAAAAAAAGACAGAAAAAGAAGCGUAUUUUAUUCUUUUGGGAAUCAUCCACUCAAUGGAGAGAAUGGAGACGUUUGUGUACUGCUAUCACGAUCUACCUCUUGAGUUUGACUUGUUUUUUUUUUGUCCAUUUUCUUUGCUGUGCGAGAUGUUAGGAGACACCCUCAGCGGUCUUCCUUCUCAUUUUGUUUUAGUUUACAGCAACAAAGAACCUACCUCAUACGUUCUUUCUUUUCUACUCCACAUCUACCUCCUCCUCUUCUUCUGCCUCCUCACUUUUUCAAACACAGUAGCCGUCUUUGGGAAGGGGUUGGUUUCGCUGCAUUUUGGGAUGACGCCGUUUUAUCACAACUCUUUGUGUUUGUCUUUGACCAAAUACGUACCUCCGUUUUUUUGUUGGUGUUUUUUUGUUGUUUUUUUUCUAUUGGCCGUAGAUAAUCAAAUACGAUGGCCUCUUGUGAGGCACUCGAUUUUGUACUAAUGUUUGCAUUGUGAAGGCCUUUAAAGUCUAGAUACAAUGUCCUGUUCUUAACUAGCAGACUACACUUUUGUAGACGCAAUGGCCGACAUUGAGCCUGUUGUCCCUUACCAUGCUCAAGCACGGAUACCACCGCUCGCCCUCUUUGUCCCUCGCUGGAUUUUUACUACUUUCAUGACUUUGUGGCCUAUUUCUGGUCAUGAAAGAUGGAUUGGGCCGCACUGAAAUGGAAAAAAAAUGUUAGGGAAAUUGUUGGACUUAUAAUCAUAAAAAGUUGUAAAAUUACAAAAAAUAAAGUUUGUAAAAAUGAAAUUAUUAAGUUAAUAAAAUUUGAGGCAAUUGAGAAAAAUCUAACGUAAACUUUUUUUUGUUAAAAAAAUAUUUUUUUUGUAAAAAAAAUGUUUUUUCUUGUGGCUGUCUUGUAAAAAAAAAAGAAUAAAUAGUGAAAAAAAUAAAUAACACAAGCAUUUGCGACAUUCAUACAUUUUUUUAUAAUUACUGUUGUAACACUUUUAUGUGUAAAAUGAAAGAUCUAAUCUUAUAAAAUUCUGGACUUUUUCCAUGAAAAAAUAGUAAUAUUAAAAGAAAUUGUGAUGUUUGUUUGAGUCAGUU